AGUAGUAGCUUGGCUUCGAAUACUCUCUAACAAAAGCAGCAAUGUUCCGCUCUGCAUUUUCAAUUUUUGCUAUUGUCGCCCUGGCACUUUCGGCACCAACUCUUAGAGAAAAGCGUCAGGCUUGCUCAUGCGCCCCAGUUCAGCAGCAACCAUCGUGCUGCCAACAAUCCACCAUCAAUGUCCAGGUUCAGUACACUCAGGUCCAACAAGCUCCAGCUCAAGACCCAUGUGCUUGCCAGCCACAGCAGCAGCAGCCUGCGUGCAACUGUGCUCCAGUUCAGCAAGAUCCAUGUGCUUGCCAGCCACAACAGCAGCAGCCGGCUUGUAACUGUGCUCCAGUUCAACAAGAUCCAUGCGCCUGCCAGCAACAGCAACCAUCCUGCGAUUGCGCUCCAGUUCAACAGCAACCAGCCUGUGACUGCCAGCCACAACAACAACCAGCCUGUGAUUGUGCUCCAGUUGCUCAACAACCAGCUUGUGACUGCCAACAAAACCCAUCAUGUGUGACCUGCAUCCAAAUCGAGAUCCGUCAGCAACAAGCUCAACAGCCAGCUUGCGAUUGUGCUCCAGUUCAGCAGAACCCAUGUUGCCAACAAGCUCAGCCAGCCUGUGAUUGCGCUCCAGUCCAACAGCAACCAUCUUGCGAUUGCGCUCCAGUUCAACAGAACCCAUGCUGCCAACAAGCUCAGCCAGCCUGCGACUGUGCCCCAGUCCAACAGCAACCAGCCUGUGAUUGUGCUCCAGUCCAGCAGAACCCAUGCUGCCAACAACAGGCUCAGUCAACUUGCGACUGUGCCCCAGUUCAACAGAACCCGUGCUGCCAACAAGCUCAGCCAGCUUGUGAUUGUGCCCCAGUUGUUCAGCAAAACCCAUGCGCUUGCCAACAGGCUCAGCCAUCCUGUGAUUGCGCCCAACAAGCUCAGCCAACCUUCCAAGUCCAAGUUCAACAAGCGCAACCAAUCAAUCAGUGCGUCCCAGCUUGCCAGCCAGCUUGCCAGUCAUCGUGCACCGCUUCGUACACCAACCAACAAUCCCAACAUUCGUCAGCUACUACUUCCUGCGAUGCUAACCAAUGCGUAUGCCAACGCGGAUACGUCAAGUGCGCCGAGCAGACCUGCUGUCUUAGAUACAGAUACACCAACCGCAAGGCAAAGCGAUCGAUCGCCUAAACGAACUCAUUUCUGACCAUGUCUUUCUUUUUCGACUUCACGCAAACUAUUUGUACAUUUCGGUAAUAUUAUUGCCAUUACAUAAAGUAGUUUUAUAUU